AUGACUCCAAAUCUACCAGAAGAAUUCCACACAACUACCGCAACAGCAACAGCGACAUCGGCUUACACUGCAGUAGAUUCCUCAUACGCACCACAAAGGAAGCCUUCCUCAAAACGCCGGGGAAAUUAUAAUUAUAAAAAACAAGGCUCGAAUCAUUCUAAUAAUAACCACCAAGAAACAAAUAAUAAAAAGAACAGUACAGACAAUACAGCUGAUAAAGAUAUUACCACAAACACAGACAGCUCGAAUUCAAACCAUACUGUCGCAGAGCUCGGCAUUCUCCAACAACCAUCACAACCAAUGGCUACUGCAGCUAUCACUCCAACACCAUUGACCUAUCCCCCCAUUACUACUCCAACUAGACACAGGUCGAAUACCCUCAACAAAUAUGACAAACAUGGUGGUCCUGUAUUUGGAACUACCAUACAGCACGGAAGUGGAAAUUCAAAUUCUGCGGCAACGGAAGCAGCACCAAAAGUGUCAUCCGGAAUAGCAAGCAGUAUACUACCAAGCAUACCGACCAACAAAGAUUUUGAAUCAAUCACAAUAAAAGACGACGAUCCAAAUCCUGAUAUACACCCAAACGAAAGAUCCUUCAACUCAUUUCCGGAUACCUCACUACCAAAACCUACGCUCAACAUGUCAUCUUCCAGAUUUUUGGUCUUUCUUCUUGCCCAAGCGACUGAAUUGUUCUCGGUCUCGAUUGAUAUGAAUUCCAUUAUUUCUCAACUGUCCAUGUUCUUCUCGUCCAUCACAACUUUCCAGUCCCUCAAAACCAUAAAGUUUCUUUUUCUCUGCGUACUCUGGUAUGCCUCAUCGGCAGUAACAAACAACAUUGGUAAAUCCCUUUUGAACGUAUUCCCUUACCCGGUCACGCUCACAUGGAUACAAUUUGGCUUUGUUUCGUUGUAUUGCCAUGCACUCGGUCGGCUAGGAUUCACAAGGAUUCGAAGGCUGACAGUGGACAUUCUCAAAGAGACCGUGCCAUUGAGUGGGUUUCAGAUUGUUGGUCAUGGCUUUUCGAGCGUAGCAACUAGUCAAGUACCGGUUAGUUUUGUGCAUACGAUCAAGAACGUGUUUUCCAAGACGCUACUGCGAAGACCGGAUAUGCCUGGGGAAGAGAAAUUGGACAAGCUGAAUUUGAUGUUCUUUUCAAGCACCAUAGCUUUUGUGCUGAUGAUACCGAUAUGGGCUUGGUAUGACGGCCUUAAGUUUGGUGGAUUUCUUGUUUUGGGUGGGGAUCUGGGCGUAAGCGCGAGCGUUUCUGCCUGGACAAUACUUUUUUACUUUUUCUUGAACGGUACGACUCACUUUUUCCAAAACACACUCGCGUUCAACAUUCUUGAGAUUACUUCGCCAGUUACAUAUUCUAUCGCUUCAUUGGUUAAACGAAUUUUUGUAAUUACUGCGAGUAUAAUAUGGUUUGGACAAAAGACUACGUUCGUUCAAGGAGUUGGAAUCUUUUUAACAUUUAUUGGGUUACAUUUAUAUAAUCGAGCAAAGAGUGAUGUAGACAAAAAGGAAAGAAAGGUCAGUGGAGGGGAGAAGUUACCGAUGACGAGAAUGAGAUCAAAGUCGAUCAAAUAG